UAUAUAUUUUUUUUGUACCGAUUUGAUUUUCCUGUUAUAUUGAAGUUGUUUUUGUAUGUUUAUUGUUUCUAAGGACUGAGUGAUAUCACUUCUAUAAAUUAUUCAAUGAGUCUUUCUCGCUAAAUAAGCCGGUGCGCUCGAUUGAGGACAAGAUUUUGCAACCGAUUAUUGUGUUAAUUUUUUAAGCGGCAAUGGCUGAUGCAGCUGUCAGUUUGAGUGUUGCCGGGAAAAAGGCGGUUCUGGAGCCAGAUGUCAUUUACCGCAUUGGCAGAAAACCAGGAUUGGAGUUCUUUAUACCCGAUGAGUCCAUGGAACUUGCACAUGCCACUAUUAGUCUCCUGCGGUCUGGCAUCGUACGCUUUGCUGCAGUUGUGGGUAAAAUCUGGGUCAAUGAACAGGAGCAAACGUUUGUCGAUUUGAGCUCAAAGGAUACUACUGAUGGGCAAAAUGUUAAACUUCGCUUUGGUAAUGUGGAGGCCCAACUGGAAAUUAAUGAGCCGAAAGAUAAAUCCAUUAAUACCACAGUUGGUGAUAGCUUUGUCAUACCUGAAACAGAGCCUCAGUCGGCCAAUACCACAUCUGAUAGCUGCUUUAUACCCGAAACGCAGGCAAUGCCACAGUUUAAUAGGCCUUCCACUGCCGGAGCUAAACGAUCGCUGGGGGAUGAUUUUAUGAUUCCAGAGACUCAAGAUAUUUUGGCACCUCAACCUGUCGAGGAAGUGGCAAUGGAGGGGGUUGAUGAUGAGGAUGAAUGUUCCGAAAUGGGCACACAGAUACGAAUAUGUACCCAGGAUUUCAAUGACUUUGAUGAGGAUGCCAUUGAUGAUUUCGAUUCAUCGUUGAUAUUGGGAGAUAUUCCAGGACAUCUUUUGCCAGCUCCUCGCGCUCCCAUCCAAGCUAAAAAGGACACAGCACUGGCAGAUAUUACCGAUGUGGAAAUGAGUGCUUUAAAUUGGUCUGCCGUAAAUAGCACAAAGAUGGAUCAGGUACCCGGAAAUCAAGUCGACGAUGAUGAUCAUGAUGGGACACGUAGUACUCCAGAUUUAUUUGAAUUCACUGCAAUUCGCGAAGAUCGCGGCGACACCUGCACUCCAGAUCUAUUUGACUUACCAGCUGCCCCUGUAAAAUCCAAUUCUCCAACUUCACAGCCUAGCGGGACUAAGCAGUUGGUUGUGGCCACAAUUGAAAGAAACAAGGAUUUCAUAGAACCUCAAGCAUUUCCAAUGAAAAACGGGCAAAAAUGCUCUUUAAACUUGUCUAAGUCAAGUAUAAAUGAGCCAACUAAACAGGAUCGGCGAGGGGAAUCUUUUAACUUGCUUAAACCAAGUGAAAAUGAGCCAAAUUACCAGGAUUUCAUUGAAACUCAAGCAUUUCCAAUACGCCAGGAACAAGACAACUCGGGAAGCUUGCCCAAGGCAAACGAAAAUGAGCCAGUUAAUCAAGAUUUCAUUGAAACUCAAGCAUUUCCAAUUAGAAGGGAGCAGGGAGGCUCUAUAAAUAUGUCUAAAUCAAGUGAAAAUGACCCAAAUAACCAGGACUUCAUUGAAACUCAAGCAUUUCCAAUCCGCAAAGAUCGAGAAAACUCAGCCAACUUACCCAAGGCAAAUGAAAAUGAGCCAGUUAACCAAGAUUAUAUUGAAACUCAAGCUUUUCCAAGACCCACGGGGAUGCCUAAUGAUGCUAAAUGUAGCAAAUCAAGUUCCUUAUGUCAAGACUUUAUAGCCACUCAGCCAUUUCCUGUACCACAAAAGAGAUCUUCUAUUAUUAACAACAAAGAGAAUACAUCUUUGAAUGUUUCCCAUGCCGAUCAGGAUUUAAUUGCCACUCAAAAAUAUGUGCCACCAGCUCAAAAAGCUCUCGUCUCGCUAAAUAUAGGAGAUGAUAUUGAUAAUCUCCUUAUAGAAAUAAUUUCGGGAAAUAGCGUAUCGUCGGAUGAGGCAGAUGAAGAAGAGCCCAUUAAGUUCUUUAAGCCAUGCGUCAUUGAGGAUAUAAAUCACAAUCAUAAGGUCGUUCAAAUUCAAAGUGUUUUUCCCGCGUCUAAAUCAAAUAACACAAGGCGUCAUGAAAUAAGUAGGAAACGGGCAGCUAGAUCAGAGUCACCGCCACCUACACCAAGCAAAAAGAGUCGUCGUCUCUCAGAUUCCGCACCCACAGAGCAUGUAAGACCAGAAAUAUCUUUCAGGCAGUUAGUAGAAUCUUUAAGACCAAAUGCCAUAUCUAAGCAAAAAGACUUCACUGAAGCAAACCAAACGAGAGGAAUGAAUUUACGCUCAAGUAAAGAUGUAAACACAAUUCAAGAUCAGGAGCAAUCCUCUCAAGUAAAAGAAUCUAAAGGCCAAAAAACUAAAGCGAAGGAACAAAAAGAUAGUGAAGACAAGUCCACAUCACAAUUAAAGAAAGGAACCAAAGGAAGUGGUCAAGUGGUGGCUAAAAAAGAGCCAGAGAUUAUGGUUACAAGUGACCUUGUAAUUGAUUCAUCGUCAAUGGAGGAGGAGGUCCCAAAAUUAUCGUUGAAAUCUUUGAAACGGAUAACCACAACGAAAGUUGACUCUUCAUCACACGGAAACGAAAUGACAGAGGAGCUUGCCACAACCAGCAAGGCGGCUAAAGCCACUGCCAGGGCCAAAACAGAAGCUAAAAAGGAAAAGGCUAAGCUCAAGGAGGAUGCCAAGAGCAAUGAGGAUUCUUCUCAAGAAAAGGAACCCAAAGGGCGAAAGAAAAAAGUUAAUGUGAAAGAAAAGAGUGAGACCAAGAAUAUCCAGGUAAAGAAAGUAGACAAAAUAAUUAAGAAAGAGGAGCUUCCCACAACAAGUAAAAGGUCAACCAGGGCGGCAAAAGAAGAUCCCAAAAAUGAGUCCGAAACUAAAGCUGUCAUCAAGUCUACUACUGCACAAGAAUCUGAAGAAAAAGAUGUUAAGGGGCGCAAACUAAAAGUUAAUGUAAAAAAUAUUACAUCACAAGGAAAUAAGCAAGCAGAAAAUGGUGAAGAGGAAAGCAAAUCGGAAGAAAAGUCUAAAAACGAGAAAUCGAAGUCAGUUAAAAAAGAAGAGCCUUCAGUGACCAAUAAAAGGGGAGCUAAGGCGACCAAAGAUUCUGUCAAUAGCAAACUGGAACCUAAAACACUAAUGACCAGAAGAUCAAGGGCCACAGCUGAUCCUCUACAAGCCAUAAAUCUGUAUGUGAAGAGUAAAAAAGCAGCGGGAAAAAUUAAAAUUGCAUUAUCCAUGUGCAAUUUGUUGGUACUGGAACCUGUCUUUAAGGCCCUAAAGAAUGCCAUUGAGGUGACUGGCGAUCCGGAGCAUUGUCAUUUGCUCAUUAUGGAUAAAGGCGAGCGAACCUUCAAAUUUCUUAUGGCUAUUGCUGCCAAUAAACCAAUAUUGUCCACCCAGUGGCUACACUCGUUGAUGGGUACACGAUCAAUACAUGUUCAUGCCGAACAUCUGUUUAAGGAUGCCAAAUUUCAGGAGCUCUACAAUUUCAAGCCUGAAUUGGUGAUGGAGAAGCCAAUGAUAUUGCAGAAUAUUGAUUUCAUGCUCAGCGAUGGCAUUCUGCCAAAUGAAACGGAAAUGAAAGCAAUUAUACAGAGUGCUGGAGGAAGAGUUCAUGCAAGGCCUCCGCCAAUCACUCGAAAGGGUCCACUUUAUGUAGUCACCAGUAUCAAGCUGGUCAAGCGACACAAGCAGCUCCUGCGCAGCUAUGAGAAUGUUAUAUACAUUAAAACGGAGGGCGUUAUGCAGUCUCUGCUCCAGCAUAAUGCGGAACAUUUGAAUGACUUUCAGUUGAAGGUUUAAUUUUUGUCUUAUUUUUUUUUUGUCCUUUUUUGUUAACAUACACUUACAUAUUUACUUGUGAAAUUUAUUUUGUUAAAUUGUUUAAUAUAUUUACGAUUCAUUUGUCACUCUCA